AUGGCCAAAGCUUUCUUCAGGCUACAGAAGUUUCUCCGUCGGACCCAGUUUCUGCUCUUCUUCCUCACAGCAGCUUACCUGAUGGCUGGCAGCCUCCUGCUGCUACAGCGGACCCGCUUGGUUAUCCAGCAAGGUUCGCGUGGGCCCUCUGCUAACCAGGCCCUGCCCGCGCUGGACGGGAUGGCCGGGGUUGGGAUUGUAGACCCGAGGACGCUGCAAAACCCCCGCCCCGGUCCCAGGCUGCUGGUGGGCAUGGAUGCACUGCAGGAGCCGGCCCUGGACCAGCGGCACAGCCCGCGGUGGCUCGUGUCCCGCAACUCGGAGCUCAGGCAGUUGAGAAGAAGGUGGUUUCACAGGUUCAUCGGCGAUCAGGAGCCCAUGCAAGCAGCGGGAUUUAAAGCGAUGAAGCACACUGCUGAACACAAAGGCACCUACAUGGGAUGCUUCAGCGAUGAUUCCAGGGAGAGGACACUGAAGGGAGCUGUGUUUUAUGACUUAAGAAAAAUGACAGUAUCUCACUGUCAGGAAGCCUGUGCUGAGAGGGCCUACACCUACGCGGGCCUGGCGUACGGAGCAGAGUGCUACUGCGGGAACAAGCUCCCAGCGGCCGCCUCGAAGCCCGAGGAGUGCAACAGCGAGUGCAAGGGGGAGAAGGGCUCCGUCUGCGGAGGGGUGAACCGGCUCUCUGUCUACAGGGUGGAGGACCUGCAGGCAGAAGCGCGACGACGGAGGAAUGUUAUCUAUCGAGGAUGUUUUAGAGCUCCAGAAAAUUUAACAGACACCUUUCCAGCCUCUUUGAUACAGCCCAAUUUGACGGUGGAGAUGUGCUCUGAAUUUUGCUCCAAGAAAGAGUUUCCCUUGGCAGUCAUCCGAGGGCGGGAGUGCUACUGCGGCUACCCCACCGGGCGCUUCUCGCUGCGCGACGGCGCAGACAGGCUGCUCUGCAGCGGCAUGCACAACGCCAGCAGCGUCGCCGAGGGAAAAUACUGCCUGGUUUAUCAGACGCCGGUGCAAGACACCCGCUGCACGGACAGGAAAUUCUUAACCACCAAAUCCAAAGUGUUCGUUGCUCUGUCGAGCUUUCCUGGCGCUGGGAAUACAUGGGCUCGCCAUCUGAUAGAGCACGCCACAGGAUACUACACAGGGAGCUAUUACUUCGAUGGAGCCCUCUACAACAAAGGUUUUAAAGGAGAAAAAGACCACUGGAGAAGCAGAAGGACCAUCUGUGUGAAAACACAUGAAAGUGGCAAGACGGAGAUUGAAAUGUUCGACUCGGCGAUCCUGUUGAUAAGGAACCCGUACAAGUCGCUGAUGGCAGAGUUCAACAGGAAAUACGCCGGACACCUGGGGUACGCCACCGACCGCAACUGGAAGAGCAAAGAGUGGCCCGAUUUCGUCAACAGCUAUGCCUCCUGGUGGGCCUCCCACGUCCUGGACUGGCUGAAGUACGGGAAGCGCCUGCUUGUCAUCCACUACGAGGACCUGAAGCAGAGCCUCAUCCCCAAGCUGAAGGAAAUGGUGGAGUUUCUGAACAUGACCGUGACAGAGGACCGACUGCUCUGCGUGGAGAACAACAGGGAUGGGAAUUUCAAGCGGUCUGGUGCUAAGCAGAAGGAUUUUGAGCCAUUCACCCAGGAAAUGAAAGAUCUUAUCAACAGAUACAUCCUGACAGUGGACGAAGCCCUGAGGGGAAGAAACUUCACAGGGCUGCCCAGAGAGUAUGUGCCAAGAUGACAGCCUGGUAGCACUCUGUGGUUUAAAAUAAAAGAAUUUUUCCUUAAACAAACAAACAAACAAAAAAACCCAAA